GGGGCUGUGGGGCGGCGGGGGCGGGGCGGCGCGGAGCAGGGCGCCUGGGAGGUAGCUGCAGCCGCCGCGGGACGGUUUCGGCUUAGGGUCUGGGUCUGGCUCCGAGGGCGCGGGAAGCAGGGUGUCCCGGGGCGCAGCGGCUGCAGCGGGAGCGUACUGAGCGCCUGCCAGCCGCCUGCCAUGUCCAGGAAAAAGACCCCCAAGAGCAAGGGGGGUAGCGCGGCCGCUACCUCCGCACUGCCCGCCACCCACGGGUCCCGGCCCGUGCGCCCCGGGACUGCGCGCCCUGGCCCCGAGGCACCUCCCAACGGGCCCCCGCAGCCUGGCCGGUCUUCGCUUGGCGGCGGCGGCGACUUCUACGACGUCGCCUUCAAGGUCAUGCUGGUGGGAGACUCAGGCGUGGGGAAGACCUGCUUACUCGUGCGCUUUAAGGAUGGGGCUUUCCUGGCAGGGACCUUCAUCUCCACUGUGGGCAUCGACUUCAGGAACAAAGUUCUGGAUGUGGAUGGCAUGAAGGUGAAGCUGCAGAUCUGGGACACGGCUGGCCAGGAAAGGUUCCGCAGCGUCACCCAUGCCUACUACCGAGACGCUCAUGCACUGCUGCUGCUCUAUGACAUCACCAACAAGGCCUCCUUCGACAGCAUCCAGGCCUGGCUGACAGAGAUCCAGGAGUAUGCCCAGCAUAACGUGGUACUCAUGCUGCUGGGGAACAAGGUGGACUCUGCCCAGGAGCGUGUGGUGAAAAGGGACGAUGGGGAGAAGCUGGCCAAGGAGUAUGGGCUGCCGUUCAUGGAGACCAGCGCCAAGACGGGCCUCAAUGUGGACUUGGCUUUCAUGGCCAUAGCAAAGGAGUUGAAGCAGCGCUGCAUGAAAACUCCCAGUGAGCCUCGCUUUCAGCUGGACGACUACGUCAAGAGGGAGGGCCGGGGGCACUCCUGCUGCAAACCCUGAACCUGGCUGGGGACGGCCACCAGGGUGUUCUCCUGGAAGACUGGAUAGAGUCUACACAUCCCUGACUUCACCACCCAGCAGCCAGUCCCAGGGUGUCUGUUUCUAGGAAUCCCAGGCUGAACCUUGCCCUUCCCUCAUCUGGGCAGCCAUCCAGAGCCUCAGUCCCAACAAACAGGCUUCAGGAAGCCAGAGGGUCUGCAGCCCUCCUUCACCUGCUGCUGC